CUGGUUCCAAAUGCGGCUGUGGACGCAGGCUCGUGUGAUGGGCAGCUACGCCGCCCACUGCAUGCUGGGGCUGGCUGACGAGCUGGCCUCGGGCUUCAACUUCGAGCUGUUCACCCACGUCACCCGCUUCAUGGGGGCCAAGGUGGUGCUGCUGGGCCUGUACAACGGCCAGCGGUUGGAGGGCGAGCCGGCUGGGGAGCUGGUGUCGUACAGCCGGGUGUGUGAGGCGGAGGACGGCAGCGGGGAGACGUUCGUGCGGGUGCUGCUGCUGCGGGGGCGGAUGCAGGGCGCGGUGCUGAUUGGCAACACAGAGCUGGAGGAGGCGUUUGAGAACCUGAUUCUGGACGGAUUGGAUCUGUCGGUGUACGGCCCGCACAUCCUGGAUCCGGAUUUUGAACUGGAACAUAUCUUCGAGUGAUGCGCUUGACUGACUGGUGACUAGGACAGUUGGUAGUCAUCGCGUGGAUCAGGCUGCUGGGGCUGACCCCCGCAUGUAACACGAGGAAUGUAAUUGAACCAGGGGACCAGUUGCGUGGCUGGUGUUAUCUGGGCUACCGCUUUAGGAGCCUGCGGGUGUUGGUAUGGUGCCCUGUGUGGAGCUGCUGAGCUGGCCUGCGGAGGUUGUCGUGUGGGGCGGGUGUCGCGAGGUUUGACUGGUUUGGCAGGAGGUGUGAGAAGCAAAGCGUUUUCC